CCCGUAGCCGACUUCCGCUUACUUCAUCACAAUUCUCAUUUUGGAGCUCCUCUGUUUUAAACUAGCAGUGCAAUCAUGGCUAGUUCCUGAAACUGCAAAUGUUAUCUCAUUGGUGAAAUGGCAGCCGCCACAGACCCCAGUAAGGCGCUUGAUUCAACUCCUGAGAAAACGAAUUUCCAACGUGCAGCACGACUGCUGAUCUGCGGAGGAACGAUGAUACUACGAGAAAUUUUCGACAAGAUACAUCCACUAAAAGACCUCCCCACAAUAUUAAAUGAUCCGGCUAUAAAAAGCCAGCUCGCAGCAGCAAGGAUCACCAAACCACAGUGGGAUUGUCUUUACCCCUCCCCAGGGACGUAUGGCAAAUCAGAAGAUUUCGAUGUGACUCUGCUCUUUAAAUUGCUACGGACAAUAUGCAACCUCCAUCCUACAGCCUCGGGAUGGGACGAUCUACCGGCAAGUACAGACCACAGUUUAGCUGCGGAUUUAGCGAGAAUCAAAUAUUAUCGAAACACCGUGUACGGUCAUGUGAAUCAACGCAUGGAGAUCAGAAAUGAAGAGUUUCAAUUACUCUGGCAAGAAAUCAGAGAAGCUCUAUUGAGAAUUGCUAGAUCAAUCAGCUCAACAAAGGGAACUGAGUGGGAGGAUGCCAUUGAUAAACUUUUGAAUGAUCCUCUCACUGCGGAGGAUGACAGAAAUGUAAAGGAAUUACUACACUGGUAUAGAAACGAUAUAGAAAUUAAGGAAUUAGUGGUAAAACUCAACUCUUCUAUCCAAGACGUCCAAAAUACAAUAGAGGAGAAAGGAAAAACUUUGGAGACGACUUUUCACGAGGAAGCCCAAGGCAUUAAAAAUCAGCUUGAAGAGGAACUAAAAACUACAAGAAAAGAUGCUCAGUGUGUAAGACAAGAAGUCCAGAACAUCAAAGAUCAGCUUGGAGAUGAAGUAAAAACGACAACUGAAGAAGUACAGUUCUUGAGGCGAGAACUUAGAGAAGAGGCUAAAGAUAUUAAAGAUCAGCUUGGAGGGGAAAUGAAAGCCGCCACUGAAGAGGUACAAUCUCUACGACAAGAGUUUCAAGAGGAAGCUAAAUAUAUCAAAGAUCAGCUGGGGGGUGAAGUAAAAGCUGCCACUAAAGAAGCCGUAACAUCUCUGCGACAAGAAGUCCGAGAGGAAGUUCAAAACAUAAAGGAUCAGCUAGGAGAGGAAGCUCAAAACAUAAAGGAUCAGCUAGGAGAGGAAGUUCAAAACAUAAAGGAUCAGCUAGGAGAGGAAGCUCAAAACUUAAAGGAUCAGCUUGACAAACUUAAAGUCUCAUCUGAGGUCCAUCAAGCUUCUGGAGUUCAGCUUCAAAUGCGGAUUGACUGUAAGACCAUCAAAGAAUCUCCAGUACCUGGAGCCUCAGGUUUGAUGGUGCUAACAUCUGAGGGUUCUGAUAUCGAGAGGAAAAAAAUUGUAGGAGUUAAGCAUAAUGAAAUGGCUCCUACUGCAUCAUCGUUUCAACAAGAAAAUGGAAGUACAAGAGGCUCUGAGGCAAUGAGGAUUGGAAGUGACUGUUUACCUAGUUCUGAGGAGGUUCUGAAUUUCAUUGCACUCAAGUAUUUCAAGGAAGUUGAUGCAUCCAGCCCGCAUGAGCGAAAUGAGUUUCUGCAAUAUCUCAGGGACGUGCGCAAAUUGCUGCUUGUUGACACUCAAAUAGGAAGCAUUAUUAUAACAGUGGAAUGUAGCUCUCUGCAGGUAUUAGACGAACUGUGGGAUGACCAUUGCACGGGCCAUCUCAAUGAGAUGGCUCAAAAACAUCUUGUCACAGAGGAAAUUCUAAACAAGUUUGGUCUCGUUGAGGUGCAGUUAUCGACAACGAUUCGAGAAGAGGAAUAUAGAGCCGCUCAAGAGUAUUUCAUGAAAUGCUCAGUCAAUGAUGCAAAACCGAGAAGGACGACCCUGCCAUACGGCAAAGAGCACGUUGAUGUCGCGGAUGCUCACAGUAGCUUGAGUCCCACAAAGCCAAAGUUCUUGGGGGAUUUUCAACAGGUUCAGGAGCCUUAUGAACGUCCUUUAGACAGUCAGUUGAAAAUACUUGGACCCGGAUAUGUAGAUGUUGCCAUCGCUCACCACAUCGACUUGCGUGAUCUGCAACAGGCCAAAGACCAUUACGAACUUGCUCUAGACAUUCAAUUAAAAAAGUUUGGACCUACGCAUGUUGAUGUCGCGCGUACUUACCAUAGCCUGGGUUAUGUAAACCUUAACUUGGGUAACCUGCGACAGGCCAUAACAGAUUAUGCACGUGCUCUAGACAUUCGGCAGAGAAUGUUUGGAAUCGAGGAUAUCCAUGUCGCGCUCAGCUGCCAUAACAUGGGUGUAGUAUAUCAGCAGUUAGGUGAUCUGCAACAGGCCCAAGAAUGCUUUGAAAUUGCCCUGCAGAUUCGAUUGAAAAAGCUUGGACCCAACCACAGCGAUGUCGCUCUUUCAUACCAUACCUUAGGUGUUGCACACCAUCAGCUGGGUGACUUGAGAAAGGCCAAAGAGUAUUACAAACGAGCUCUAAGCAUUGCGUCUAUGCACGAGAACCAUGGUAAUGCAUACCUUAACGUUGGUGACCUACAGUUCGCCAAGGAACAUUACGAACGUUCUCUAACUAUUAGGCUCAGAACGCUUCGACUCCUGAGAAAGCAUGCAUUUCUGCAGGUCGCUGUCGCGCGUACUUACCAUAGCCUGGGUAAUGUAAACCUUAGCUUGGGUAACCUGCCACAGGCCAUAAAAGAUUAUGCACGUGCUCUAGACAUUCGGCAGAGAAUGUUUGGAAUCGAGGAUAUCCAUGUCGCGCUCAGCUGCCAUAACAUGGGUGUAGUAUAUCAGCAGUUAGGUGAUCUGCAACAGGCCCAAGAAUGCUUUGAAAUUGCCCUGCAGAUUCGAUUGAAAAAGCUUGGACCCAACCACGAUGAUGUCGCACGUUCAUACCAUACCUUAAGUGUAUUACAUCAUCAGCUGGGUGACUUGAGAAAGACCACGGAGUAUCGGAAACGAGCUGUUCACAUUGAGUUGAAAAAGCUUUGAGCCGAGCUUGCCGUUGUCGCGUCUAAGUUCAGGAUCCUAGGUAUAUAAUGCAUACCGGUGACCUGCGACCGGAGGAUUUUGCGUACCAACCAGUUGCUCGGAAGAGUACUCAUGGCCAUCUGACAUUGAGAUGGAAAAACUUGGACCUAAGGUUGUGGACGUUGUAGAUCCCCAUUGACAUGUGUAAAGCUCCAUAGGAUUUGACUGAGUUUCAGGGAGCCUUGAAGUAUCAUACAAGAUCCAAAUCCUCUAGUGAAAGGAACUUCGGCUUUCAUCAUGAGAAAAUGUCAUUUAAUUUAUUUAUCGU